AUGUUACAAAGCCUUAGAAAAUUCUUUAUAAUCCUUACUAAUACAGAGCAGGCAGAGGCAGAUCUUCUUGCAGAUCAAAGAGGCGCUAGUGGAAGACUUCUCGUAACCGUUUCUACAAGGUUAAACGCUCGUGUUCCAUAUCAAGUUUUAUCAAGUCUCCAGGAGCCGGCGAGACCGAAGGCGCGCGAUAUCGCUGGAACGCUGCACGAGCUCAAAAGGUCAACCGCAACCCCACCCUCCGGCCAGCACUCUUCAACGUCGGAGUACUCGUCUUUCAAGAACAACAUUUACUCACACAGGCUACCCAAAUUAAUACCUCCUCAUAAGCAACAACAACGAGUUACAACUCCUCUAAAAGGUACUAAAGAUACUGUAAAAAAUGACAACGGAAUGAGCCAGUUUAACCAGUAG